AUUAUGAAUGCAAUUCGCUCGUACGAGCCGGAAUAUAAUGUCCAGUACUUCUUUUGCGAUCUUCCUGGAAUACGGGAGAAGAUAUUUACUAUCCGUAUGAUCAAAUACGCUUUUCAGAACGCUGGAAUUUGGCCUGUCAGUUUCAAAGCAGUACGGAGAAAGCUCAAGGAGUAUGGCAAAAAGGGAAGGAAAGAUACUGGCCUUUAA